AUCAACCCUGAACCCUCUCCAACAUUUGCCAGAAGAUUCUCUUACUCGAUUUAGCUGAUAAUAAAAAAGGGCAACUUGGCAUGGGAGUUGUAACUGUUUCUAGCUCGGCUUCUCAGACACCACUGGGAUUGAGUUCAAGAUUUUCAACUCAAAGAUCUGCAUCAAAAAGGUUCUUGAUUUUGGCAUUUAAAACAAAUAAGACCAAGAACACUGCAUUGGUUACACCCAAUGAGUCGAUUCCUUUACCCAUAAAGACAUCCAAAGAGCACCAAGAACUAAGACAAGCUACUAAACCUUCAAAAAGAGUUAAAGCUGUUUCUGUGGAUGAAGCUUCUCCAUGUGCCAUAGAACUGGAUUACAAUGAAGCCGCUGCCAAACUUGAAAACAUAUUCAAGCUUAGCCCCACAACUGAUGCUUCUGAUGUGGAAGAUGUGGGUUGUGUGAGGAAGAGACGCCGGCAGAGGAGGAAGAAAAAUAGUGAAGAUGAAAAGGAGGAGGAGAAGGUAAGUGCCAGUAAUGUGGUGAGGAACCAGAGUAGGAAGCAAAAACGAUUGGGCCUGGAGCAGAGGAUUGCUUUAAGUAAGAUGAAGGAAGAUAGAGUGGUGGAUUCAGUUCUGAAGAAAAAAAAUAGCAAGGAUGAAAACGAAAAGAUUCAUAGGCUUCUUAGGGAGUCUUCUGCUCCAACCGACUUGAUUGGUUUGGACUGGAGGAAAAUGAAGAUACCGCGAGUUCUUCCUUCAUCUGAACAUGCAUGGCUCUUCAAGUUGAUGCAACCUAUGAAAGCUGCCCUUCAAGUUAAGGGGAAUUUGCAUAAAGAAUUGGGGAGAGAGCCAACAGAUGGAGAAUUGGCAAAGGCAACAAACAUGCCAGCACUUCAGUUAAGAAAAGACAUUGAGGUUGGUCAUGCUGCAAGGAAUAAGCUAAUUAAGCACAACCUCCGGCUUGUUUUGUUUGUGAUCAAUAAAUAUUUUCAAGAGUUUGCAAAUAGCUCAAGGUUCCAAGACCUCUGUCAAGCUGGAGUGCAGGGUCUUAUGACAGCAAUUGACCGCUUUGAACCAAAAAAGAAGUUCCAGCUCUCCACCUACAGUCUGUUUUGGAUCAGGCACGCCAUUGUACGCUCCAUAACAAUCUCAAGCUUUACUCGAGUCUCCUUUGGCCUUGAGUCGGUUAGAGCAGAAAUCCAAAAGGCCAAACUAGAGUUGUCCUUUGAGCUUCAGAGAUUGCCAACAGAGGAAGAGAUAAUAGAAAGGGCUGGGAUAUCCCCCGAGAGGUAUCGUGAAGUAAUGAGAGCUUCAAGAUCUGUUGGGUCUCUCCAUGCAAGGCAUCCAGUAACGCAAGAAGAGUUAAUUGAUGGAGUAGCUGAUACUGAUGGUGUUGGAAGUGAGAAGCAAAGGCAGCCUGCCCUUGUUAGGCUUGCUCUUGAUGAUGUGCUUGAUUCUCUGAAGCCUAAGGAGAGUCUGGUGAUCAGACAGAGAUAUGGACUUGAUGGUAAAGGUAAUAGAACAUUAGGAGAAAUUGCCGGGAACUUAAAUAUCUCGAGAGAGAUGGUUCGGAAGCAUGAAAUGAAAGCUCUCAUGAAACUCAAAAAUCCAGCUCGAGUGGAUUAUCUUCGCAAAUAUAUUUUCUAAACCAAGCAGCUACCUAUGCACUUCUACAAUAAUAUAAUCUUCUUCCUCAGUUCCAUAUUGGUCGCAUAUAAGUUGUAUACAAAUGAUUUGUAUCAUAGUUUUUUAGGCUACGUGAAUAUAGAAAACUGAAAACCCCAUACCAUGUAAGUUAGAAAAAGCUGAGUCAUGGGCUCAUGAGGCUGGAGGAGAGUGGAUGAAGUAGAUGGGGCCUACUCUGCUUCCUCCACUCUUCUCCAGCCACGUGAGCCUAUCAUGGUCAUUGCCUGUGUAGCAUAGCACUACUUGUGUAAGUUAAAUGCUAAGACUCCGGUUGCAAAUGGUUGCAUAUGGUUGCAUUGCAGCUUGUAUUUUGUUUUCUUCUAAUUUUGUACCAUACAGAUGAUGGUUUAUACAGUUAUAAAAUAUAGUUCAAACUAUGCAAAUUAAA